CUUGAAACAGAUAAAAUGUACUGGCUUGUUAUCUCCUCAUUUGCAAUCGCCGUGUGCGCGCACCAAUAUGAAAAAUUAUUAAGAUGGGUCUAGCUACUUGAAUCACCAACCAAAAUGGGGAAAUCCAGUAAGGACAAACGUGACAUCUACUACCGUCGUGCCAAGGAGGAAGGCUGGAGAGCGCGGUCAGCGUUCAAGCUCCUCCAGCUCAACGAAGAGUUCCAGAUCUUCAAGGGUGUGAAAAGAGUGGUGGAUCUCUGUGCAGCUCCGGGGUCUUGGUCCCAAGUAUUAAGUAGAGAGUUAUUCCAAAACCAGAAGCAAGAAGACGCAAAGAUUGUCGCUGUGGACUUACAGCCUAUGACCCCAAUAGAUGGGGUCACCUGCAUCCAAGCAGACAUCACCCAUCCAAAGACUCUCCACAAGAUCCUUGACACCUUUGGUGGUGAGCCAGCAGACUUUGUUUGCAGUGAUGGUGCACCUGAUGUCACUGGAUUGCACGAUCUUGACGAGUACAUUCAGGCACAAUUGAUUUUGUCUGCAUUACAAUUGACCACAUGCAUUUUGAAGCCUGGAGGUACCUUCGUGGCCAAGAUCUUCAGAGGAAGGGACAUUGAUUUGUUGUACAGCCAGUUGAGCUACUUGUUUGAAAGAGUUGUGUGUGCAAAGCCCAGGUCUUCAAGAGGUACCUCGCUAGAGGCUUUCAUUGUGUGUUUGGGCUAUAAGCCCAGCAAGAACUGGGAACCAAAGUUGGAAUUGAAUAAAUCCACCGAAGAGUUCUUUGAAGGUGCUGGGAUCGGAAAGAGUGACAACUUGGAGCAUUUGGACUUCCCUGUGGACGAAGGCAGGACCAUAGGCACAUUUUUGGCCACAGGUGACUUGAACGACGUCGAUUCAGAUGCCACGUACAGACCAGGAAAGGAAAGAGAAUUGGUGCCUGUGCAGAUGCCCACCGCUCCACCAUACAAGAAAGCAUUGGAGAUGAAGAGAAGAGGAGACUUGGUUAGAAGGUGAUGUAUAAUAGUGUAUUUUAGCAAGCUAAGAGCAAGCAAUUCCAGCGAGUCGAGCGAAUUAAACUUGCAACCCAGCAUUCAAUAAAUAAUCAGCAUGAUAG